CUCAUAAUGAGAGUAGCAUUGCAAAAAGGUGCACUGUACUUUAAGCACGGCCUAGACAUAUUAUAUCUCUAGGUUCCCACUUAGAAAAUGGUGAAGAUUGCUGUCGUUGGCGCCGGGGUGAAUGGCCUCACAUGUGCAGUGAAAAUUAAGGAGACGUAUAAAGAUUUUGAUGUAGUGCUAAUUUCUAGUGAGUUCACUCCGAACACUACUGGAGACGGAUCAGGAGGACUCUGGUACCCUUUCAUAUGUGGGGAGACGCCAGACGAUCUAGUAAGGAAAUGGGGUAGCGAAACGUACAAGUACUUGCAUGAACUAUACCGGUCGGGUGGACAUGGGGUCUCGUUACUACCAGUGUACAGUCUGUACCGAACUAAGGAGAAGUUCUGCAAGCCGACCUGGUCGGACAUAGUGUAUGGGUACCAAGUGCUGGAUGAGCAACUGUUGAAGGACUGCAGUCAGCUGUUCUCUGCUGAAUAUGGGGCGGGCCACACAUUCCUAACAUUCGUAAUACCAGCACCAAAAUUCCUGGCAUACCUCCAGGAAAGGUUCGAGCGAGCUAAUGGCAAGCUAGUGCGAGCUAAGAUCACAUCACUGCAGGAUCCCAUACUAGAACCUUAUGAUGUGGUGGUGAACUGCACCGGAUUGGGCGCUCGCUGGCUUGUUCCUGAUGAUACCGUGGUUCCUGUUAGGGGGCAGAUUACUAAGGUGAAGGCUCCGUGGAUGAACCUGGUCGUUAUUGACGAGGAGGGCGACAACUACAUCAUACCCAAUUCAGAAACAUGUGUGCUGGGCGGCACCCACCAGAGCGACUACAACACAGACGUCUGCGCAGCCGACACUGACUUCAUCAUGGACGGGUGCAAGAAGAUGAUGCCUGGGUUUGAAAAAGCUGAAAUAGUGAAACACUGGGUUGGACUGAGACCAGCGAGACGUUCCAUCAGACUGGAGCCCGAGGAGAGGAAUGGAAAGCUCAUCAUACAUAAUUAUGGACAUGGUGGAAGCGGCUUCACUCUAUUCUGGGGCUGUGGCAACGAAGUAUUGAACAUAUUACAAAAACAUUUGGACAAAAACGAACGAAAACAAAUACUUUCAAAACUUUAAUGAAAACCAAUAUAAGUAUAUCAAAAUAACAUAUAAAAUAGUAAUAGUAACAUUGUAAUAUAUUAAAUAAAAGUGUAUGUAUAUAAGAAUAAAACUUACUUAAGUA